CUCUCGCACCGCUACGCACAGGCCUUCGGGAACGGGAGCCUUCCGCGGCAAAGCGGCGCAUUGGGUGUGCUCGUUUCUGCCUUGGAAAGCUUAGAUUGGGUGGUAACCUUCUGCGCGUGCAUCUCUCUGAGUGCGAAGUCGAAGAUAAUGAGUGAGUUCCUCGAGGUGGAGCCCUCGACAUCGACCGGCUAUGCCCUGUCACUGUUGAUGCUGGGGCUUGGGUUGGGUGUCCUGACGGUUCGCAUGGAACACCAACAGAGGAUGGAGCAGCUAGUUGAGGUGACCAAGGACUUCAAGACCUUCCAGGCGUCCUUCAUGGGCGUGUACCUCACCGCUCUCCUGACGGAGUGGUUCCAAUCCGCGUUCCUGUUCGUCUACCUCCGCGAGAUGCACCCGGAGCAGUUCGUCGUCAGGAUGUACCUCGCCGGCGCGGCCUCUCAGCUGUCGCUCUCGGUCCUGCUCGAGGUCAUGGGCGGCUUCGUGCCGCACAAGCUGCGGUGCGCGGCCUGCCUGGCGCUGCAGGCCGGCUCCGCCGUGCUGAUGCUGCACCCGGCGUUCGGCGGGCUGGUGACGAGCCGGGUGCUCGGCGGGUUCGCCGCGGCGCUCCUUCACUCUUCGUUCGAGGCGUGGAUGGUGGAGCAGCACGUGGGCCAGGGCUUCCCCCUCGACUGGUUCACGCACACGUUCAACAAGCUGUCCGUUGCCAUGAGCGUCCUCGCGGUCGCCACGGGGCCGGCCGUCACGGCCGCCCACGACCUCGCGGGGGGCUCGGUGGGACCGUUCAAGCUCUCCCUGGUCCUCACCGCGGUGAACGGUUGCCUGCUCCUCUCGUGGCGGCGGGACUCGAACAAGCCCCCGCCGGCGUGCGGCGACAUCGUGCGGCUGGUCUCGCGCGCCUGGGCCGCGAUGGCCGGCGGCAACGGCGGCGGUGGGGGCAGAAAUAUUGCCCUGGUAACUGCCGCGCAGGCUUGCUUCGAGGCAGCAACGUUCGCGUUCGCGCUGCUUUGGACCCCUCUCCUGCGGACUGCCGGAGGUGGCGACGACGGCUACCCCGGGCCGGAGCUGCCUUGGGGCAUGGUGUUCUCGCAGCAGCUGGCCUGCGUCAUGAUAGGUUCCGUCGUGUUCAAGCUCGCCAUGUCCCUUUCCCCCGGAACGACGGCGGAGAAGAUGUGCUUCUGGGCCAGCGCGGGGGGAGCCUUGUGCUUCUUCGCGCUGUCGCUGGGGCUCCCGCGGCGCGGGGUACAAACCGCGCUGCUGGGGUACGAGUUGUGCGUGGGGCUUUACCUGAACGCCAUGGGCAUGAUGAGGAGCAAGCACAUUCCGCAAGAGGUCCGAGGCCUGGUCCUGGCGGGCAGCAAGCUCGUCACCACGACGGCGCUGUUCGUGCUCCUGGUCUUCUUGUCGGAGAACAGGAGCAUCGCCACCGGGAUGUGCGGCGCGCUGCUGACGGCAGCGGCGGUCUGCUCGGCGCGAUCGGCGAGGGAACACGGCGACGGCGGCGGCGACGACGGCGCGUUCGCUGACGACGGGCAGGCCUUGAGCGGCGGCAAGGGGGGUGGGCAGAAGCGGAAGCAGCAGCAGGGCGACCACGAGGAGGAGGGGGCAGAGUUGAUCGGAAGAAGAUGA